AUGGAACCUUGGCAUACAAUGUGCCAGUGCCCGAACUCUAACGUCGAGGCCAACGACUGGACGCCUUGCACAUGCCCUUAUCCGUCACCCCCUGAUGAAUCCUCUUCAACACAUGCGUCACCCAACUCUGUGUCUUACGAUGAUGAUGAGCAUACAGUAUCCUCUCCCGCUGCAUCCGAACAUCAAGGUGCCAGUGACCCUGACCAGGAAGUCAGCUUCUGUUACGGGGCAUGCCCAAACCAUUAUGGCGGCUGCCAUCCAGAAAUGGAUGAUGUAUCACCCAACCUGCUUAUCGAUUUCGAACCUCAGGAUACUCAGUCAAGAGAUCAUACCACCCCUACAGAAUCGGGACAAUCUUCAAACACCACAUCCCCCUCGGGAACUGAAGAUCAGGGCAUAAGAAGCGCAGCGAAAGAAUCAGUGGGUCUUCCUCUUUUGGAUAGAUCUAUUGUCGAAGGCAGUCUAAACGACAACAUGAAAUGGGAGACUAUCCACAAGGAUCGCGAUGAGAUUUGGGCGGCAAAAACCGAAGGCGCGGAUGAGAAGACUCAAGGAUAA